AUGCCGCCCGCAGCCCCGCCACCACUCGCACCCACAAAGCCAAAGCCCGCUCACUGGAACAUCGACCGCGCGAUCCGCAAAAACAUCCUCGCCCUCGCACCUUACCGCUGCGCCCGCGACGACUACGACCAGGGCAUCCUCCUCGACGCAAACGAGAACGCUCUCGGCCACGCCUUGCCCGCACAGAACGGCUCCGCAAUCGACACCUCGUUCGACCACCUCGACCUGCACCGCUACCCGUCCCCGACCCACUACGACCUCAAGCAGCGCCUGCGCGAGCUGCGAGGCCUCCCCUCGGAGCACAACCUCUUCCUCGGCGUCGGGUCCGACGAGGUCAUCGACCUCCUGUUCCGCAUCGCGUGCGUUCCGGCCAAGGACCGCGCCCUCGUGUGCCCGCCCACCUACGGCAUGUACAGCGUGUGUGCCCAGGUCAACGACGUCGACAUCGUCAAGGUCAACCUCGACGUCGAGGGCGGCGCCUUCAGGCCCAAAGUCGACGAGAUCAACCGCACCCUGUCGGCCGCCGCCAAGUCGGACAACCCGAUCAAGCUCAUCUACCUGUGCUCGCCGGGCAACCCGACGGGCACCCUCAUCCCGCUCGACGACGUGCGCGCCAUCCUCGCCAACCCGGACUACGAGGGCCUCGUCGUCGUCGACGAGGCCUACAUCGACUUUGCCGACAAGAGCAAGAGCGCCGUCGAGCUCCUCGUCAACGAGGGCUGGAGCAACCUCGUCAUCAUGCAGACGCUCAGCAAGGGCUUUGGCCUCGCCGCCAUCCGCCUGGGCAUCGCCAUCUCGUCGCCCGAGCUGAUCCAGGUCCUCAACAACGUCAAGGCGCCCUACAACAUCUCGACGCCGACGGCGACUCUCGCCCUGCGCGCCCUGUCGCCCGAGGGCCUGACCACCUUCCGGUCCAACAUCGCGACCCUCAUCUCGAACCGCACCUACCUCGCCGAGCAACUCGCCGCGCUCCCUGCGAUCCUCGCCCUCCCCGGCGCCGGCGACGCAAACUUCCUCCUCGCCCAGGUCGGCGGCGAGGACGGCAAGCCCGACAACGAGCGCGCCAAGCGCGUCUACACGCACAUGGCCGAGCAGGACCAGGUCGUCGUCCGGUUCCGCGGCAACGAGGUCGGGUGCGAGGCGUGCUUGCGCAUCACGGUCGGCACAAGGCAGGAGUGCGAGAGGGUCGUCGAGCGCUUGACCGAGCUGCUCAAGUAG